AUGCCGCCGCCGGCACCGGCACCUGCGCUGCCGGCCGAAAUUGUCGAGGAGAUCUUCCUCCGCCUCCCGCCGGGCGAGCCCGCGUGCCUCGUGCGCGCCUCGCUCGCCAGCAAGCUCUGGCUCGGCCUCCUCUCCGGCUGCAGCUUCCGCGGCCGGUACCGCGAGUUUCAUGGAGCUCCCCCAAUGCUCGGCCUUUGUUUCUCCUGGGUCCCGCCCUUCGUACCGACCACGCAAUUCGGCGUGCGCUUUCCCGGUGACUGGGGGAGUCGGCCUUAUAUUGCGUGGGACUCCCGCCAUGGCCGCGUUCUCCUCCAGCACGAGGUGGACGUACCGCCCUCGAAGCUCGUCGUCUGGGACCCUAUGACAGGCUGCACCAAGGAGCUGCACGAGCCCGAAGCUCCAUCCACCGCAAUACUCCGGAGCACCGCCGUGGCCACGGUGCUCUGCGCCGUGACCGGCUGCGACCACCGCUCGUGUCACGAUGGGCCCUUCCGGGUGGUUUUUGCGGCCAAGUACCUGCAGACCGGCGGCGGUUCCGUCGUGCACGCAUCCUUGUCUUCGCCAGAGACGGGUGACUGGAGCGAGCCGUGUUCUAGUCUUCGUCUUGCGAAUUGCGAAGCAACCAUCGAGUCGGUGCCCCCCGUCCUCCUCCAAGACGCGCUUUACUUCAUGAUGGGGUGUAACUACGAUGAGCGUGUAGAAAUUCUCAAGUACGACUUGAGCUCAAACUGCCUGUCACUGCAUGAUGCGCCCCUAGAGAAGACUAAUUACAUGUCCGAUGUCCCCAUCCUCAUGGGGAUGCAGGAUGGCAGUUUGGGGAUUGCGCAGCUAGACGGGUUAACCGUCGAUCUAUGGUCAACGCAGAUGGGGUCUAAUGGAGUUGCGGCAUGGACCCAACGUGCAGUCGUCAACCUCAAGGAACUUCUUCUUCCCUUUACAGCUCCGAGGCAAACAGUUAGACUGGUUGGAUCUAUGGAGGGCACUGAUAUCAUUUUCGUGAUCAUGGACUUUGUCAUCUAUGAGAUUAAUCUAGGUUCACUACGGUGGAAGAAGAUAUGGAAGCAGAGAGAAGAAGUCGUUUCGCUUAUUCCGUACACGAGUUUCUACAAUCGAUGA